AUGGGUUGUGCUGCGUCGGGCGUAAACCGAACAAUAAUGAUGUUUAAUAGACACGCUCAUAAUUCGCCGGAAUAUCGUGCAAUACUAGACCGAAAGCUCUAUAUAGCAAGAGAAUCACCUGAACCGGAGUUUGAUCUAUCAGGUUGCAAUUUGAGACAAUUGCCUUCAGGAAUAUUUUCAAUAUGUAAGGUUUUUCGUAAAGAUUACUUAUAUUUACAAAAUAACAAGCUAAAAACAUUAGAAGAAGGUGGUCAAUUAGCUGAUCUUCAGCUGGUCAAAACAUUAAACAUUAGCAAAAAUAAUUUCACACAAAUACCUAAGAGUAUUAGGUUUCUCCUAAGUCUCACAGAACUUUACUUACAAGAAAACCAAAUUACCUACUUGCCAGAUGAAAUAAAGUUUCUGCAAACCCUCAAAAUACUAGACGUCUCCAGAAACAAUUUAAAAAAAUUAAAUCCAGUUUUGGGGCAACUAAAAAGCUUACGUAAACUUAUUAUUAUAGGUAACAAAGACUUGACUGAAAUUUGUAAAGAACUAUGUCUUGCUUCAAACUUAUGCUCAAUUGAAUUGGAUUGUGAACAAUUUUAUAUACCACCCCCUGAAGUUACUAUAAUGGGUACUGAAGCAAUAAUGAAAUUUCUUUGUUUUCAAGCAAAUAUUACAUAUACCCCACCCGUGCCAGAUAGUGAUAAUAUAUUACCAGCUUAUGGUGGUAAUCAGGCCGUCGACCUCUUUACCAAACCCAAAAUUACAUGGGAAGAAGCAGAACAAGCUGUUCAGCAAAAGGAAGACCAAAUAUAUAAAGCAAACCAAGUACAGAGAGAAAAAAUGUUGUCAAAUGUUUUAAAAGAACAACUUAGCUUAGAUAUAGAAAUAUCUAAAAUACAUGAAGGAAGGGAACUAGAAAGACAGAUGUUAAUAAAUACUAUACAAAAGGAAGAACAAAAUAUUGAAUGUUUAAUUAAUAACUUCAUAGGAUAUGAUAAACUAAAGCCUGAAAUAAUUCAACAACAACUAGCACAUGAGCAGUUAGAGCAUGACCAUUUGUUAGAAAUUACUAGACAAAACUAUGAUAACAUUAAAAGAAGUGAUAUUUUAAAAACAAUGCAACAACUGUUAGAAGAAAACUGCUCAGUAGGAAAUUAUAUGAAAUAUUAUAAAGAUAAUUUAAAUGAUGUUAAAAAGAACUUGUUGAUCCAAGAAACUGAGGUGGAUGGAAAAUUGGAACAAUUACUAAAUGCAAAAGAUCAGCUUAGAGAAGGACAAGUACAACUACUUUUAGAGGAUCAAGAUGUACAGAAAGCAAUGGUAUCUUCAUUAUUGGACCAAGUUGAUGCUAGAAGCUGGAGUUUGAAUCAGGAGAUAUCUUUAGUUUCAUCACAUUUAGCUAAAUUAAGUGUUAUUGAACAGGAAAAGAGAAAAAUUAACAUUGUUGAUAAUUAUAAUGAGCUGCUUGAACAGCGAAUACAUUUAGUUACUUUACUGGAUGACCUUUUUAUUCAGAAAAAUAAAAGAAGGAAGCAAUUAAUUGAUACUUUGCAUGAAGCAGAAAAUGAAAGCAAUAAUAAGACAGAUUUUUGGUUGCAGAGCUAUAAAAAGUUGUUAGAUUGCGCACCUCCAUCUCUACUAAGCAUUGGAAAAUCUUUGGAUCCACUUCUUGUAAAUUAUCUAUUACAAGAAGGUGUCAUACACUGUUUACCAUUUUUGGUAAAUAUUUUGUUUUCCGAUACAUCCUUAUUGAAUAUCACUGCCCAAGACUUAAAACUGUCAGGAGUAUCCUUGAAAAUAGACCAAGAAAAUAUUAUAAAGGCAAUUAACAAAUAUGUUGUUAGUAAAAAUGGAAAUGAGUUUACAUCUUUGAACACAAGUGCACCACCAUUGCCUUCUGAAGAUUCCGAAAUUGGAGUCUUAAGUCAGAUAGAAAAUAAUAUGUCUGUGGAUGGCGAGUGUGUAAUAUGUAUGGAAUGUAAGUCUCAGGUAGUGUUUGUGCCUUGUGGUCACAUGUGUUGUUGUCAAAGUUGUUCCCAGAAAGAUAUCACCAGUUGUCCAAUGUGUAGAUCAAAUAUAGAAAGAAUUAUAAAAGUAUUGAUAGCAUAG